CGUAGGCACUACUCUCCGCCAGUAGGGUUUGGUGCUCACAUCUCUUGAAUACAGAAGAAGCCGCCGCCGCACAGAGCAAGAUUUGAAACCUAGCAAUGUCGCUCGUUGCAAAUGAAGAAUUUCAGCACAUUCUUCGUGUGCAAAACACCAAUGUCGAUGGGAAGCAAAAGAUCAUGUUCGCUUUGACCUCAAUCAAAGGUAUCGGUCGUCGUUUCGCCAACAUUGCCUGCAAGAAAGCUGAUAUCGACAUGAACAAGAGGGCGGGAGAACUUACUGCUGCAGAGCUUGACAGUGUGAUGGUGGUUGUUGCAAAUCCCCGUCAAUUCAAAAUACCUGAUUGGUUUCUGAAUAGGCAGAAGGAUUACAAGGAUGGCAAGUUUUCACAAGUUACCUCUAAUGCUCUUGACAUGAAGCUUAGGGAUGAUCUCGAACGCCUGAAGAAGAUCAGGAAUCAUCGUGGUUUACGUCACUACUGGGGUCUCCGAGUGCGUGGUCAACACACAAAGACCACAGGGCGCAGGGGGAAGACUGUUGGUGUCUCCAAAAAGAGAUAAAUCAUCUACUUGCCAGUUUCAGUUUGUUAUGUGCUUUCUCUUUAUGUUCUCCGGGCGAUAUAUGUUUAAGAUAUUUUAGGGGAUUUUGUGUUGGUAUGCUUAAAUUUUCUUUUCCGUUGGUGGAUUACAGUAUAAUUUUGUUCGAAAGUGAGAUGGAUUUCUCUGCUUUAUGAUCUAGGUUUUGCAGAAUGCUCUUGAAUUAAAUUGAAUGAGUAGUUCCUUAAAUGUA